GCCAGUAUUUGGUGUGCCCUUCAUCGUGUACAUGUAUAAGUGUGUUUGCGUGACUGCCUGAAAGACUAAAGUUUGUCAUUUCUGCAUAUAAUCUAAUGACAUGUCUCAUACAUGUUGGCCUGAUUCUUAGGAAAUAAGCAUCGAUACAUCCUACAGGAAAAUGAACCAAAGGACUUUCUUUCUGCUGGUUGUCAUGGGCUUUUGUGCCAUGUGGCAGAAGGCAGAUGCUCAGAUUAUUGUAGGUAAACCUGAACUCAGUGGUCCCUUGAUAAGUGUUAUUGAAGAUAUUGUGGAAUUUUUCUGCAAACUGGACCAUAUCCAAACAAACGAGACUAUUCUGUAUCAGUUGUUUCAUGAAAGUAAUUUAAAUGAGGCUAUGGCCGAGUACAGCACUUACAGCAAAGAGGAAGCAAAAUUUGUUAUUAUAGUAGCUCUUGCUCAUGAUGGAAGGUUAAUGUGCAAUGCCAGCGUGCAAAAUAAUUCAAAUAUCAGUUCUACCUUCAGCAACUGGAUGGACUUCCAAGUAUUGGUGCCUGUAAAUGGUGCACACGUCAUAUCAAGCCCCUCAAGUUCAGAAGAUUUUUGGGAAAAAGACGAUCUGACUUUAAAGUGUAAUAUAACUAGCGGAACUUAUGUAUCAUAUGAAUGGUUCCUGAAUGACAGUCUGAUCCACAAUGACAGCAAUGUACUGCAUAUCUCAAACCUUUCCGAUAAGCACAACGGAAAAUACGUCUGUGUUGCUAAAAACUACCUUGAUGAGGCAAUAUAUUACAACAGCACAUCUAAAGAAAGGAAUGUUCACGUUAAAGAGUACCUGUCAAAGCCUGAAAUCUCAAUUGAGGUCAUCAAGAAUACAGAUGGAAAUAUUAGCGCUCGUGUAAAAUGCCAUGUGACAAAAGGUUCACCCCCCAUAAACUUUGUCCUUUUCAAAAACAAUCACAUUGUUCAUGCAGUCACCAGUGGACACAAGGAUGCCUUAUUUACACUGCCUAUUGCACUGGACCAAGACAUGGGCACAGUGUAUUGCCAAGCAAACAACGGGAAACAUCCACUGCACAGCAGAGAGCUGAACCUUAAAGUGGAUACUGAUGGACGGAUUAUAUUAUUGGACCCUCCAGAAAGAACACAGUCUGUCACAGUUCAUGAAGAUGAUGAAGAUGACGAUGAAGAGACCACAUCUGCUGUGACAGAAGUGGACAAUGCUGGUAGAUCCACUGAGUGCAUACCUAGGGAUUUGCCCACACAUGAGGGUUCUUCAACCUCAGCGCACAAUCUAAGCAGGUUGCCAGCAAAUGAGCUGUAUAAGGUCCAUCUUCAAAAACAAAUAAGAAAAAGUGACAUGGAGAUGGACCUUAUACAGCUUCAAAUGGAAGAGAAAAGGCUCCUCAUUAAAAAAGCAGCACUUGAAAUUGAAUUACUGGAGCAUCGCCUUAAGGAAAUAAAGAAAUAACCUGCCUGGCAGACCAGUGCAAAAAAAAUUAAUAAAAGUAAUUUUGACAGAUCCUGUCUCUCAAAAGUCUUCCGUUUCUGUUGGCCUCUAAAAUCUGUAGGUGUUCCUCUGGGCCAUCUUCCU